CCGGGGAGGAGCCCACCUGCGGGUCCGCGAUCGACCGGCGCAAAAAGUGGGGCUGGUCGCUGUCCUGCUCAGGCAGCGUCCGGGCUCCGGGCGCCCUCGCCCAGCUCGUUGGGAGUUCAACCUUCCUCUCUGCCGCCGGCCCCGCGCGCCGCAGAGGGACCCCCCCCAGGACGCAACAGCGGACGCGGACCUCGCUAUGGCUGGGGCGCGCAGACUGCUCCAUCUAUGGCUGGGCUGCUUGUGCGUGAGCCUGGCGCACGGACAGAGACUCAAGCAGCAUUUCCCGGAGCUCCGCGAGCCUGUGCCAGGCGACCGCACGGCAGGGGGUGGCCCAGACCCCCUCCCGCAGCCGCUCGACAAGGUGUCAGAGCACAUGCUGCGGCUCUACGACAGGUACAGCGGCGGCGGCAGAGCCGAGGCGGCGCGGACACCGGGGUCCUCGGAGCGGGGCUCGCCGCCUCUGCUCCCCCAGCCCUUGCGCGAGGGCAACACGGUUCGCAGCUUUCGAGCCGGAGAAGCAGGAACCCUUGAAAAUGAGAAACUGCAUAUUUUUAACCUGACUUCUCUAACCAAGUCUGAAAACAUUUUAUCUGCCACACUGUAUUUCUAUAUUGGAGAGCUAAUAAAUAUCAGCCUGAGUUGUCCUGUGUCCCAAGGAUGCUCACAUCAUACCCAAAGGAAACACAUUCAGAUUGAGCUCUCUACCUGGAUCCUCAAAUCCACCAGAAACCAAAGUCAACUCCUGGGUCAUCUUUCAGUAGAUGGAGCGAAACUUCAUCGAGAUUUUGUUUCCUGGCUGUCUAAAGACAUCACUCAACUUUUGAGGAAAGCCAAGGAAAAUGAGGAGUUCCUCAUAGGAUUUAACAUUACUUCCAAAGGACACCAGCUGCCAAAGAAGAUAACACCCUUUCCUGAGCCUUAUAUCUUGGUGUAUGCCAAUGAUAUUGCGAUUUCUGAGCCCGAGAGUGUGGUAUCAAGCUUGCAAGGACACCGGAAUUUCCCCACUGGAGCUGGGCCCAAACUGGAUAGCCAUAUCAGGGCCGCCCUUUCUACUGAACGGAGGAAGAAGCGCUCUGCUGGGGUCCUGCUGCCUCUGCAGAACAAUGAGCUUCCUGGGGCAGAAUAUCAGUAUAAGGAGGAUGGGGUAUGGGAGGAGAGAAAACCUUACAAGACUCUUCAGACUCAGCCCCCUGAAAAGAGUAAGAACAAAAAGAAACAGAGAAAGGGACCUCACCAGAAGACCCAGACUCUCCAGUUUGAUGAACAGACCCUGAAGAAGGCAAGAAGAAAGCAAUGGAUUGAACCUCGCAAUUGUGCCAGGCGGUACCUUAAAGUGGACUUUGCAGAUAUUGGCUGGAGUGAAUGGAUUAUCUCCCCCAAGUCCUUUGAUGCUUAUUAUUGCUCCGGAGCAUGCCAGUUCCCCAUGCCAAAGUCUUUGAAGCCAUCAAAUCAUGCUACCAUCCAGAGUAUAGUGAGAGCUGUGGGUGUUGUUCCUGGGAUUCCUGAGCCUUGCUGUGUGCCAGAAAAGAUGUCCUCGCUCAGCAUCUUAUUCUUUGAUGAAAAUAAGAAUGUGGUACUUAAGGUAUAUCCAAACAUGACGGUAGAGUCUUGCGCUUGCAGAUAACC